AGUGCGAUGUAUUUCAUUUUUCUCUUACUGUAUGCCGGCAGCAGGCUUGCCUGGUUCCUUCCACAUUUAGAGAAUUGACCCGUUCCAGUUUUCUUCUCUUCCCAAACCCUUCCGAUCUUGAGGCAGUCAGCAUUCUUCCUCGUCGCUUCCAGUAAACAGAAACUUAGAUUUUUCCCAAUUUCUUAUAUCCAAGAAAGCAAAGUAAGAUUAAAUUAAACAAAUUCAGCUUGUUCUACCACUCAAAUUCGUACAGAACUUCCCCUCCAGGGAUUGCUGAGGUUGUUCCUUUCUUCAAGUUCUGUUAUAAAUUUUAUAUUUUGGGGAAGUCAACUCCGAAGAUCUGGGAACAAUUAAUCCUCUGUUACAGGAGUGAAUUGCUUCAGAUUUCUACCAAUUUAGUCAACCAAAAAUUCAAAAGGCGCAAGAAUGGGAGAGGAACUCCACUUCGAAUCCACUGUUCUAUUAAAGAUUCAAUGCCUCAAAAUCGAGAUUCCAUCCACCAAAACAGGUUCUUGUACUCGGAGAGGCCAUAGAACAAAACUAGUAAAUUUCUUCAAAGCAUGCCGUUCCAGAGACUGGCGCCGAAAAAUCUCACCUUUCGCUUCCUCCUCAAUUUUCAGACAAACGGUGGAUGAAAGAGAAGAAAUCUCUCUCUCCGUUUCUUCUCCCGGCGAUGUCCAACCAAGUUUUCCGGCCAACUUCAUAAAAAAGUUAAACUUAUCUUCCUUUAUUGAUCUCUGCAAAGAAUGGAUUAAACAUCCAAUGAAUAUAGCUCUUCUAAUAUGGUUCAUCUGCGUCGCUUCCUCUUCCUCCAUGCAAGCUCUUCUCCUACUUGGAAUGUUGAACAAAGAAUUUCCAGGAAAAUCUUCCCAAAACCGCUGGAUUGAAAUCAAUAACCAAGUUCUUAAUGCUCUCUUCACUCUAAUGAGUCUUUACCAACAUCCAAGUCUGUUACACCACCUGGUUCUUCUCUGUAGAUGGAAACCAGAAGACAUAAUAGAGAUCAGAAAGAUUUACUGUAAGAACGGAGCUCACAAGCCUAAUGAAUGGGCUCACAUUAUGGUCAUUUUAGUUCUUCUCCACAUAACCUGCUUCUCUCAAUACGUCUUAUGUGGACUCUACUGGGGAUAUACUAUAACCACCAGACCAGAAUUUCUUGAAAAUUUCUUCAAUGCCAUUGGGUUCAUAGCUCCAACCGUCGCUGCUGCUUAUGCCAUGUACAGUCCUCUAGGGAAAGAAAGCUCCUCUGAUUCAAACGACAGUGAAACUGUAAAGCUAAAGUUAACCAAUCAGAGAGCUUCAGUUACUGAACCAGAGUGGAAUGGAGGAGUAUUUGAUUGCAGAAAUGAUAUUUCAGUAAGCUUUCUCUCAUUCUUCUGUUGCUUCUGUAUCUUUGGUUGGAAUAUGGAAAGACUCGGAUUUGGGAACAUGUAUGUUCACAUUGCCAUGUUCUUCCUCCUAUGCUUUGCACCUCUAUGGAUCUUUGGUAUUUCAGCUCUGAAUAUAAGCAAUGGUUGGAUGAGAAAUGUGGUGGCCAUAUCAGGAAUGGUGUUAUCUGUGUGUGGAUUGAUCUAUGGAGGUUUCUGGAGAUUGAAAAUGAGGAAAAGAUUUAAACUCGGAGGUAAUAGAUUCUGCUGUGGGUCUGAAGCAGCUACUGAUUAUUUACAGUGGUUGUUCUGUUGUUGGUGUUCUUUGGCUCAGGAAGUGAGGACUGGGAAUUUCUAUGAAGUUGAAGAUGGAGGUUUUUACAGAAAGGAUUUGGGUGUUGGUGGAGAAGACGAUUUUAGUCUGUUGCUUUGUCCUUUGCCUCGUGAGAGCAAAGAGAGUUCAGAAAAUGCUUCAGUGAGUUUGAGAUCUUGGAACUCAGUUACUGAUGCAAAGAGGCCUCCUCUGCAACAGUUGGUAGAGGUGAUGUAAGUUGAGAACAUUUUGUAUUGCGGUGGAUAUUUUGUUUUUGAAAUUGUUGGAUCUUUAAAUCCAUAUAUAAUAACAGAAUUGAAAAUCA